AUGCCCGUAGGUGCCGAUGCCGACGAACUGAUCCGCCAGACAGAUUAUGACGCUCUCUCUUCAAGGCUUUCUUGCUAUUUGAAGGGAUACAAUCCCGAAGAUGGACUGUUAUUGCACUUGAUACCCUUGAUUAUUCACUACCAGAUCCUCUCAAUAGAGUCACAAUACAAAGGCUUUGCAAUUGCACGGAAACUCAAGUCGCAGUUUUUCAGCAUCUUCCCCGUGUCAAACACCAAUGUCCAAUCCCUUAUUGAUGUACAGCAAACGGAGAUUAAAAACAGACUAGAUAAGUUCAAGCCAUUAAAGUCGCCCGUUAUAAACAGAGGUACAUAUUUGCGUACUAGGACAAUCACAGAUAACAUUCUCAAGUUCAUUGAGUCCCACGACAAGAACACCCCCCUACAAAUCGUCUCAUUAGGAGCUGGAAAUGAUACUCGAUGCUUCCCCCUGGUGGAGAGGUUCCCGAACUUACACUAUUUUGAAAUUGAUGUCGAAUCAACAACAAGGUUGAAAAAAUUGGCCAUUCUAUCUUCUCCAACACUCUCCUCUAAAGUGGGCGCCACCCCGCUAGCAGAAUAUCCUACCACCUCUAGCCAAGUUUUGGCAUUUGAUCCAACCUUGAACACAGAAAGGUACCAUUUACUGCCGUUGGAUCUACGUACACUUAAGCCCAACAUUGCAAUCAAAGAUAUCCCCAUUCUGGAUGGAAUAGAUACGAAUGUUUCAACUUUGAUCAUAAGUGAGUGUUGUAUAUGUUACUUAUCAAAAGAGGACUCCAAUAAUCUGCUCUCCUUUUGGUAUAAAAACCUAAAUAAUGGCGAGUUUUUAAUCUACGAGCCCCUUGGUGGUAAUCAGAACUCAAACACCAACUAUGGCCAAGUGAUGAUUCAGAAUUUGAUCUGCCGUGGAAUUGAAAUGCCUACUCUAUUAGAAUACGGUACGGUUGACUCUCAAACUGAGCGGCUCAAGAAGCUCAUUCCUAAUGGUGAUGUAAAAUGUCGAGACAUGAAGACGGUGUAUGAUGAAAUCGAUUUCAGUGAGAAAUCGAGACUUAACCAACUCGAAAUGUUGGAUGAGCUUGAAGAGUUGAACCUUAUAAAUUCCCAUUACUGUUUGAUAGAUGUCAAAUGGGAAGCCGGAAGUGGCGGGGAAUAG